AUGCCAGAUCAGGCAGUUUACGCGAGCGCAUUCUUCGAUCGUCCACAAAUACGUCAAGGUCCCGACGUCCCUUACAACAAUGAUGCAGGCUCCAAUCCUGUGCUUCGAGGCGUUCCCUUAGCAGCUGUCUCCAAGAUCAUUUCGUCGUCCAACUGGAUUCAAAGCCUCUUCUGGAGACUCAAUGGGUUCGACAAGCUCAAGGACACAAAGGAUCUAGAUCAAUAUGAGAUUCGACUCGACCCGACGGUCGUACCUCGAUCCACUACCUCUGAGGACCUGGUUCCCAGCCUACCAGAACUACCACCGCCUCGGCCUCGAGCUUCGAACACAAACUAUUACACCUGUGCCGACUACCACGAACUGUACAAGUCUGGCAAGGUCACUCCCUCCGACGUCAUUGAGUACCUGCUACCCCUGAUUCGGCGGGAUACCCAACCUGCUGGUCAAUACUCUGUUGCCUUUAUCGAUUCCAAGGUCGACUUGGUACGCGCUGCUGCAAAAGCUUCCACGGAAAGAUAUCGAGCUGGCAGUCCGCUGAGUGCUCUGGAUGGCGUGCCACUCGCUGUGAAGGAUGAGGUGGAUUUGAAAGGAUACAAGAAGACUCUGGGCAGCAAGAUUGAUUUCACCGACAAAGAAGACCGUACUGCGUGGUGUGUGCAGAAAUGGCAGGAGGCGGGCGCUAUCAUAAUUGGAAAGACCAACAUGCAUGAGGUGGGCUUGGACACCUCCAACAACAAUCAGACUUGGGGGACUCCGUUGAACCCGCACAAUAAUGGCUACUAUACUGGCGGUAGCUCUGGCGGGUCUGGGUUCGUCGUUGCCUCCGGCAUUUGCCCGAUUGCACUCGGAGUCGAUGGCGGCGGGUCCAUUCGAUUACCUUCUUCGUUUUGUGGCAUCUAUGGGCUCAAGACUACCCAUGGCCGCGUGUCAGCCAGGGUUGGCAAAGACUGGGUGGACAGCGUCGUGGUCCACGGCCCCAUGGCUUGCAGCAUUGAUGACCUCGCGCUGGGCUACCGAGUGAUGGCUCAACCUGACCCAGGGGCAAUGAGAAGCUCCAGCUUCCCCAAUAGUUUGACCAAGGAACCCUUCAGCCCAGGACAUGUGGGGAAGAAGUAUCUAGGUAUUGAUCGAACCUGGGUCAACCGUUCGGACAAGGUUGUUCUGGACAUGUUCAACGCCGCCGUCGAUGGAUACGUCAAAUCACACGGGUACGAAGUGGUCGACAUCAAGAUUCCCUAUCUUCCACAAGGACAGAAGGCGCAUGCAUUGACCAUUUUGUCCGAGAGCCGCAGUCAGAUCAAGCAGAAGGACAUCUCCAAGCUCUCGUGGCACAACCAAUUGCUUCUCAACGUCGCAGGAGCCCACGCCACGGCCCAAGACUUUAUAUUCUCUCAGAAACUGCGCAACCUGCUGAUGUGUCAUCUGUCGUGGCUGUGGCAUGAGUAUCCCGGCAUGAUGAUCUUGACGCCCACGACGCCCUGUGCGGGUUGGAAGAUCGGCAAGCCUAGCGACAUCACCAGCGGCUAUGGCGUGAGCGACGGCGACAUGAGUCUCAGGACCAUGGAAUACGUCUAUCUGGCCAACUUCACCGGCAAUCCAGCCAUCACUUGUCCAAUGGGAUAUACGGAUGAGAAUGUCCCCGUUGGUCUUAUGGCCAUGGGCGAUUGGGGAAGCGAGGAGCAUCUGAUCGCGUUCGGCAAAGAAGGCGAGUCCUUCCUCGCCGGCGGAAGUGGGAUUCGGCGCCCGAAGGAUGAAAAGAACUGGAUUGACGUCCUCGCCGGGAAGACAUCUGAGGGUUAA